AAGAUUUAAUAAAUCUUCAUAAUGAAUAUCACGAAGAAUUUGAAAAUGCUUUGAAUACCGAGCAUGCGGCUAUCUGGGAUGGAAUUGCAAUAGAAAUAAAUAAUCAUCAUCCAGCUCAAGUUACUGGCAGACAAUACUAA